GCCACGCAUCAUCUUCUCUUUGCUCUGAAGACGAGAAGUAAAGGGAUUAAAGAUAACCUAAAGACCGUUUUGGGAGAAACAAAACAAAGGAUGCUAAACGCGCGACGCGAGAAAACAACCGAAUCUGAUGUAUCAGGUGCAAGUGAUGGGAACAUAAUAGAGGUGCUAGCUUUAGCUGCAGUAGGAUACCUCAAGUAAGCUGCAGCUGCAAGUGCUGCAACCACCAUGUAAUUAAUACAAUCGUCAUAACAAAGGAUAGAAAAAGGGAAAGCGUGAGAGAGGGAGAGAGAGAGGAGACAGCAUUCGGAUGGAGGGCGCGUGUGUUUGGUGUUUUUCACAUUUGCGUUUACUUGGAGAUGACAUAUCGAUAGGCACAUAUGCCGCACAGUGUACUACUGUACCCACGUAACCGCAAACGUUUAUCCGUGAUGAGACUCUCACAUUGCAUCGAAAAAGAGGAAACGUAGUUUAAAGGGAAACGAGGAAAAAAGAAAACGAGGAAGAGGAACGCCGGUUGAUCUCCGCUUUCCAAUCCACAACACAAGCGAAGUGAUAAUGACAACACCAAUGUGCGAGGAUGGUGGACCAUUGAGAGAAUGGGCACCACUCGCCGUACUUCUGCAACAGAUACCUGCCAAGAUGCAAAAUGGUAUUUUCACACAAGAUAUCAGUUUUACUUGCAUCGACGCUCUAACGGAGUUCAUUGCCAUUGGAACUAAUCAUGGGCUUGUUUAUUGGUACAACAGAGAAAAGCAGGAUCUGCAGAGACUACGUUGCGAGAAUGUAAACUCCAAAAUCACAAGUGUGCAAGUGAUUUCCACUGUUGAUUAUAUGGUUGCAGCAGGCAAUGAACAUGGCGUUGUUACAGUUUUUCAAAUUCCCAAAAAUCCGCCAGAUUCAUUACCAAACAGUUUGAAACCAAAGCAGAAAAAACAGGUGGAAAGGUACAGCAUAAGUGGUUUGCAUAAUACUGCAGUGACGGCAGUGGAGUGGUCUAAAAAUGGCAUGAAAUUGUUCAGUGGAGACAAAGAUGGUUUAGUAGUUUUAACAGAAAUUGAUUUUUACAUGCAUUUAUCCAAAUCAUCGAAAUUGUUGAACGAGAAAUAUUCCGUGGUACAGUUAAGCUAUCAGCAGGGCUUGCUAUUAGUCUCAACGACAUUACGUACAAUUCUAGUGAAUAGAAAUGAAAAUGGGAAAGUGACACAAGUUGGCCAAAAAGAGCGUAAAACGUUAGGUAAGCUAGGGGCGGUAUUUGGUUCUCGACAGAAUUAUGUGCAAGAACCGAUAAUUUAUGCAAGUAGACCAGGAUUACGUUUAUGGCAAGCUGAUAAGGUUGGGACUGUAUUGAAAACGCUCAUAUUUAAGGAUGCAGUCAGAUCAGGUCAUACAGAAGUGGAGUUAUUAAAUCCAGCACCCGAAGGAUCGAGAAAGAAUCGUGGUGAACCUUCGUUUGGCAUCGUGUUACCGUUUUGUGACGAUUUAUUAGUAACGUAUUGUGAUGACGUAGUCUAUGUAGUAAAUCCAAAUACGAUUGCAAUAACAUCGAUUGUAAAUGAUUUACGGCGCGUUACCGACGUGGCCUGUACUAAAGACGAAAUAUUUAUAUUGGAAGGAGAAAGAAAUAUUUUACGAAUUGCCUAUUAUCCGGAAAAUGAUAUUUUUACAGAAGAAACGAGGAAGACAUUGGAUCCUUUAUUGUCAUUCGCUGAAUACAGUAAACCUGUUGCUAAUGGUAUACUAGAACUAACUUCAAAGUUGAAGGAAAGUAAUAUAGUGCCAGCUAUUCCUUUUCCCAAAAUCAAUCCAACUAACAUUAUUCAAUCUGUAGGCAUUGUACCAACUGUUACUAUUGGUACUGACGACAAUGCAAUUACAAACGCAGAGGAAGCUGUGGAAAUACCGCCGAUAGUUCCAAUAGAUUUAAAUACUCCACUCAUAGCCGAUAUUGAUAAAAUACCAGAAUACAACGAUAGUAACAGGAUAAGAAACGCCGAAGAUGUUAAGAGCAAUGAUCGCCGAGAGAUAUUUCAAAGAAUUGGCCAGCAGGAAUUUGAAGACGUUGUUUUUACGCCUGAGAGGAAGCAAAAAAAGUCUCGGAAUAAAAUAGUGAAUGGCAGCGAGAGUGUCAUAAUGCCGGACAGCGCCGAUCAUUUAUCGAGCAGUUUAAAUAAUGAUCACAUGAAUGCCAAUAAAACGACGACAACCCAUUCUUCUUUAAUGCAAUUGAGUUUUGACGAUGAUUUUAUGUUAAAGUCAGAUCGAGAUUUAGAAAUGAUUCAACGAGAUGUAGAAAACAAGGAAAAACUGUUAGCAGAUGUUCUAGAUUUCGAUUUGUCCAAAUACAUGACGAGCAGUCGAAUUGAUAGAGAUGACUCGAGUAUAUCGAAUAGUAUAGAUACUAUAACGUGUAUCAAUUGUAACGUACAUUCCGAUAACGUGAUGAACGGAGAAGAACUGAUUGUGAACGAGGAGAAUGAAAAUAUCGAGCAGAGUGAUCACACGGGAACCGAAUCAGGGGAUGAGGAUGUCAGUUAUCGAACCGAAUUAAAGAAGUUGGAAGAUCUCGGAGAAUGCAGAAAGACUCUCUUACAAAAUAAGUUGGACAAUACUUCACCAGCUGUUAAUAAUUUCAUUGAUAUUCUACGAGAACCGCCCACGAAUCGAGAAGAGUUAGAACACCAAUUUAAUGCUUUGGCAAAGGAUUGCGCUGUAUCCGCCAUUCUCGAGGAGGAGGAAGAUUGGGUUUUAGUUGACUAAACCCAUCCUCGAGAAUGAUAUACCAUCAAUUUUGUUUUGAGCAAAAAUCGUACCUAGCAGUCACGUCGCGUCUUGUACAUAUGUCAAUAUAUUAUUAAAAACGUAAUUAGAAAAUUGCGUGAUAUACGUAAGAACGGCUUUGGAAUAACGAGUAAAUUCUUUUGCUACAAAUUCUUUUUUUUCUGUAGCGUAACGUUUCAUUAAUCAUGAAAAGAUUUAACUUUUAUUUUGUGAUUAGCAUUUGGUUAUCAAAUGUGUGUGGCAUCAAAUACUGAAAUAAAUUAUUAUCAUGAAAUAAUAUGUAUUGCAAUCCUGAGAUAUGCAAUUAUGAUCAUUCUCAUUAGUAAACAAAAUUGCAUAUCAAAUAUUAUUGAAAUUGGAGAAUAACUAGUCACUGUUUGGAUUUUAGUAUAAUUUUUUAAAAUUAUGUGUUAUAAAUUAUUUAUGGUAAAUGUAUAUAAUUUUUUAAUUUAAUAUUUUGUGAAAUAUAGUUAUAUAUAUUAUAUUAAUAUAAAACCUAAGUUCGGAAAUAACCUGAGUGAUUUAUAAUUUGUUGAAAUAUAUACAACGUAGUUAUAUUAGAUGUUUUACUAUUUUGGAAAAAUGCUUAAUACAAUUCUCAGGUAUAUAAUAUUGUAUUCUACACAUAUUUUGCAUAUUCAAUGGUAUUUUUAUAUGUCUUACAUCUGUCACACAAAGAUAUACCAUUGUUGUGGUGUAUCAUCAUCAUCAUCUAAUAUUUUAUUAUUAUAUAAAUUGCUACAAAUUUUUUUCGACAAAAAUUUUACAAGUCUACGUGACAUUCAACAUCAAUACAUUCUCAUAAUAUAAUUUUGUUAGCUUGUAUCAGACAAAUAGUGCUCUUUGAGACAUUAGGCUUGACAGUGUUUGUUAACACUAGUAUCCACUUAUUGCUUGUUCGUUUCUAAUUCUGUUUAUGGAAGAGAAAAAAAACAGAAAUAUCAUAUAACAUGCGAGAACCUUAGAGCCUCGUGUGGCUCUAAAUAUCACAUAUGUGCUGUUACUUCGCCAUGCAUUAUUAGCACGCUGCAAAGUAUGAAAAGUUAAAUACGAACAUUGUUACUGAACAUUUAUGUAACUGUAUUAAAUAAUUAAUGCUUUAUCGACUAUAAAAAAUAAAAUCACAGUUUUAAAGUUGAA